GCCAAACCAUCCAGAGGAUUAUGGUGAACUACCACGUGCAGAAGGUGAAACGCGAGUGCAUUGUGUGGAGCAUCGCCUUCCUCUCGAGCGGCACUGUUGUCACCUCGGACUCUUUCGGGAGGGUGCAGUUCUGGGACUGGGAGCGAGGAACGCUGCUGGAGUCUCACACCGUCAGCACCUCGGCUGUCCUCUCGCUGGCUGUGUCGGAGAAGGAGGACAGCAUCAUCGUAGGCACCUCAACCGGGGCCACCUACCAGUUUCAGCUGCUGCCAGUGAAAAUGGGCAGCCUGGAGAAGCGCUGGGUGCGGACAAAGCCCUUCCAGCAUCACACCCAUGACGUGCGAGCUGUGGCGCACAGCUCGACGGCUCUCAUCUCUGGGGGCCUGGACGCCCAGCUGGUGAUCCGCCCACUGAUGGAGAAGAUGCAGAAGAAGGGCUAUGACGCAGCGCUCCGCAAAUUCACCUUCCCCCAUCGACGCCUCGUCUCCUGCGCCAGGAAAGCCCGGCUGCUCCUCUUCCAGUUCUCCCAGCACCUGGAGCUCUGGAGACUUGGCUCCACCGAUGAGACUGGAAAGGACGGCGAGGUCCUUCCCUUGUGCCGCAUGCCUGAGCACCUUGUGCAGCUCAAGAACAAGGGUCCGGAGCACAUCUACUGCAGCUGCGUCUCGCCCUGUGGCAGCUGGGUCUCCUACUCCACGGCCUCCCGCUUCCACCUCUACCGAGUGCAAUACGAGGGUGACGGUGUCAGUAUCAAGAAGGUCCCGAAAGUGCCCAAGCUGGUGCUCCCAGCCUACCAGCUCCAGUUCUCCUCCGACUCCGGCAGCCUCUUCGUCGCCUGCUCCGUCCACGUCCUCCAGCUGCUGGAGCCGGGGGGCUGCAAACACCUGCACACCUUUCGGCCGCCCUCAG